AUCAGAUUGAGGAAGGACGACGUCCAAGUAGCUGUAUAUUUCCAUCUUCCUUGUCCACCUCGUACGUAUCGCCACACACCAAACUUAACCAGGAUCAUUGCUGUCUUCCCGUCAGGUUCCGGACGCGCCGUCCAGAUAGAAGAGGCAAAUAAAGAAAAUGUCUGCCCACCUGGCACUACUUCUCACUCUCAUCGUGGCCACUGUUGGCCUUGCUAAUGCAUCACCAGGCUGUACUGGCAGAGUGGCGCUAAGCAUUCCCAAUGCGCAAAUAGACCACCAGGUGUCUCCGGCCACGUUCACGUGUGACGACGGCCUUCACCUUCACGGCACCAACAGCACCAGCUGUUCAAACGGCCGCUGGAGUGCGGGUGGCUCCUGCAUCUCGAAAUGCAGAACACGACAACCAAUCAAUUUCCCCCAGCAGCCCCACCCAAACAAUGGCUCGCAACGCUGCGGCGAAACAGCCGCCGAUAUCAUUGUCGUGUUCGACGAGUCAACGGGACCUGCAAACUCGCCAAAGGACCGGCUGGUGAAAAUGGUGUCGGCCAUCGAUCGAUCACUCGAAGAGCGCGGCAUCGGUCUUCUACCCAAGGCGCCAAACCGCUACACGCUCGUCGCUUUUGGCAGCACGGAAUCGCCAAGGGUCCUGACCAACAACGCCGAUGACAAGGUUUACGACGUGCAGGGCUUCAGCGAGGCCUGCCAGGGCCUUAAGGAUAGCCGAGAUAGCGGAGCAACGCGCAACGGAUACGGUGCUAUUCAAUUUGCUUUUAACAACAUCACUGAUCUCACUGGAAAGCAGUUGUUGAGGCUGCGCAAGGCCAAUAGCAGCAAGAACGCGAACAUCGCCCCCAUUCUUCUCUUCAUCUCGGACCACGCGCCGGACUUUGGCGACUCGCCAGCCGAAGAGGCGAAGAAGAAGAUGCGCUCCUGCCUGAAGAAGAUGCUGCGCAGAGCCGCCGUGCACAUGGAGGUGUUUGUGAGCAACACGAUUACGAUUCCCGAAGAGCCGUGUGUGUUUGGCGUUGACGCAGCUGGCAAGGCGUACCUGUGCGGCUCGGCCAAACGUUGGAGUGAAGCCCAGCACGAAGAGCUCAAGGCGGCCGUGAUCCAGAAGUCCCAGACGUAUCGCUACUACACGUCUGCCGCUCUCGAGGUCGGCGGUACCCUGUGGCAGUCGCGCUUCUUCUUCAGCCAGGCGGCGCCCAACGCGUCUCUCCUGCAAGCGCUCGCCCAGCACACCGUCGUCAAGGUGGAGCAGAGCGUGCACGCCUGCUGCACAUGCCGCUGCUCUGAGCAAGGCCUGCAGUGCAAUGUGGCCGCAAGUGCAGCGCAGUGCAAAGCACCGCAAUGCAUCAUUCCCCAGAUUAUCAAGAAUGGCCAGCGACAGUACGAAAACCGAUACAUGCAACAGGCAACCUAUACGUGCAAGCCUGGGUUUCAUUUGAGUGGACCAGCAGUGCUGACCUGCCAGAAAUCUGGACAAUGGAGAAAUGAUAACAGCAUCGCGCAGAGCACCACGGCAGCAAAGCCCAAAUGCACAGAAUGCAAUCACACUUCAAAUGAUAAUAUUGUCGCCGUCUCCCCGGAAGGCAUGGUGACCUGUAAGCCUGGGUAUGAGUACCGGGAUCCUCAGCCUGUCUGUACUGGAGUUCACACGAUUUCAUCCUGCACACAAUGCAAUUACAAUGGCAGUGCAAUUGAUCAUAUCGCCUCUAUCUCGCAGAACGGCUCGGUGACAUGUAUGUAUGGAUACAACUAUACGGGUCCUCAGCCUGUCUGCACCGGGACUCACAGGACACUGCCAUGCAAGCGAAUAACGUGUGAGGAUUAUCCGAGGGUACCUCAUGCCGGCUUUGCAGUGCCAGCUCCGUAUGUGGGAGAGACUAUCAACUAUCAGUGUGUUCCCGGGCAUGUGCAAUUCGGCGCAAUCACCGUUUCAUGUCAGGAAAACGGUCAUUGGCAAAGGCCCGGCUUUUGCAAAAAAAUCCCACUGUCCGGCUACCGGUACUGCGCAAAGGUGAACAUGGUCAUACGGUCGAACAACGAGACUCGCUUCAACCAUUCCUGGGCACUAUCCAUCUGCAGGUACACCGUGGGGCACAUCAUGCGCACGGAAACAUUCAAGGACCAGUGCGCUCGAAUUGCUAAGCCGGCAGUCGCUAACUACACGGCGUGGCGUAUCUCCGGGCACAACGGCACCUACGACACGUCCACGCAGAGCGACGAGGGCGUUGACGCGGUGUCGCCGAGCGCUCUGCGACACGUCAUGUGCGAAAUACGUAAGUGA